AUGGUGAAUAUUAAUUUAAUGUUAAUUAUUCAUUAUAAAUUUUGGGUUUUUGAUCACACACACUAUCUGCUUCAGUGGCAUUUUUAUUUAAUUAUUGAGAUUAAAUAUUGA